GUCAAUGAGAGAAACUCACCACCAACGAUUUACUUGUGGAGGUUUCCCUCGCUUGGGUUUGCUAGAAGUACAGAAUACCAGUAAUGUGCGCGUAGUGUGCGGUGUGUGUAGAAUUGUGUCGUGUUUUGUUUGUAUUCCUAAACGACGAUGACUGAAGAUUGUUGAGAUUAAGAUAUACAAAAUAAGGACAAGUAUCUUGUGUUUCAUUAAGCGUAGUAACACAGUGCUUACGAGUUACAAUAACUACAAAAUGAACGAAGUGACGCAGUUCAGUGGAGACAGUGCUAAUCUCGUUCUGUACUGGGUAAUGAACACGUUUGGACAACGUUUUAAGCAAUUGUUGUGGAUCGACACACUGGGUACUUUUAAUCCAACCAUGCUUUCACAAGAAGUUCUUCAAAAAACGAACCUUAUGCGUUGUUUUGAUGCACAUGGAGUCGAAGAAUCAUUGACGGAGGUUGAGAAUAUUCUGGAGGAACACAAAAACGGGUCAGACUUCAGCUGUGCACUUAUAAUCGACAGCUUUUCCAUUCCACUUGGACUCUUAAUGUCCAGAGGUUUAGUGACUCAGACGCAUGCAUUGAUGAUGCAUUUGGGACGGAAAAUGAGAAUGCUCACACGGACGUACCCCGUUGCUGUAUUUUUGUCUACAGCCAAAGUGUAUAUACCCGCGUUAAAUCAACACAAGCCGGCACUUGGUGCGAGUUGGACGUACUGCCUCGACAACUCUUUCAUGCUUGACGAGCAACCUGCUCAUAGUCGUUGUACACUAGUGUGUCUUCAUAGUCGAAGGCGUCUAUCUGGCACCAAACAGCUGCUCCUUUGGAUGAAGGGCACCUUUAGACACGAGCAACUUGCCAUUGACUUUUUUGAAAGUAAGCCUAUGAAAUGAAACUAAAUGAGCAUAAGUAAAGAGUCAUAUCAUCAGAAGUAAGAGUACACUUGUACACUCGUCCCGACUUACAGACCGGGAUGAAGCAUCUAAUAUAACUAAACUCAAACGAAUAGAAGAUGAAAUUUAGCCCCGAAAAACUUGUUAAACAAACAAAAAGCAAGAAAAUUUGCCGCUCAAAACAGACUACUCAAACACACAGC